AUGUGCACAAUUUCUCUUAAGUUGGGAAAUGAGGGAACAAACACACACCAUUUAGAGAGAGCUUGCAUUCAGACUCAGGAAAGAAGGCAGCAUAUUUACCUGCACCUGCCUGAGUCCAUCUUAGCUUCCCGCUUCCUUUUCACACUAGCUGGCCAGCACUGUGGUUCUGCUGGCUCCCUUUCCAUUCAGAGCUGGAUGUCUCUCUUACAUCCUUGUUUCUCUCUCUCUUUCCCCUUUCCUGCCACUCUCUCUACUAAUGCUACCCCUUAUCUGAUAGGAAAGCCUAUAAUUAUUCUAGUUAGAAUGUAG